AUGAAUCGUUUCUUCCUCGUGAAGGAAGAGUACUCUGGGGGAUCCGGUGAUCAUCAGUAUGAACCGCCGCCGGCGAUGAUGACGGUGACACCACCGGCGCCGCAGCCAAUCGAAGGUCUCCACGAGGUCGGACCGCCGCCAUUCCUGACCAAGACAUUCGAGAUGGUGGACGAUCCGAUCACAAACCACGUCGUCUCGUGGAGCAGAGGCGGCACCAGCUUCGUUGUCUGGGAUGCUCAUUCCUUCUCCACUAACCUCCUCCCUCGGUUCUUCAAGCACAAUAACUUCUCCAGCUUCGUCCGCCAGCUCAACACUUACGGGUUCCGCAAGAUCGAUCCGGAGAGAUGGGAAUUCGGCAACGAGGAGUUCCUCCGAGGUCACAAGCAUCUGCUGAAGAACAUCCGGCGAAGGAAAGCUCCUCCUAAUCCUCCUUCUCCUCAUCCUUCUUCUUUCCAUUCUCAGGCCCUAUCCAUUCCUCCCAAUCAAUUUCAUCAUCAUCAAGCGUCGGGGAGCAAUAACGUCGUCUGGUUCGACGGGGAAGUCGACCGAUUGAAGCGAGACAAACAGGUGCUAACCAUGGAGCUAGUGAAGCUCCGACAGCAGCAGCAGAGCACAAAAGCCUACGUGGCAGAGCUGGAGCGGAGGCUGCAAGGAACGGAGACGAAACAGCAACAGAUGAUGCAGUUCCUGGCUCGGGCGGUUCGGAACCCGGCCUUCUUGCAUCAGCUGGCGCAGCAGAAGGAGAAGAGGAAAGAACUGGAGGAAGCCCUGAGCAAGAAGCGGAGGCGGCCGAUUGACCAGGGCCGCGGUCGCGGUUGUCGGAGUUCUGAUUUCGCCGUUGGCGAAUCGAGCAAUUGGCAAGUGAAGUCGGAGCCUCUGGAUUACGAAAUCGGAGAAUCGCCGUUUGGAUUUACGGAGCUGGAGUCCCUGGCGCUUGAAAUGCAGGGGUACGGGAAGGGGAUUAGGAAGGAGAGAGAGGAGGAAGCGGAUGAGGACGAGGAGGCGGAAGAGGACGGUUUUGAAUCGAUGUCGGACCGGGAACUCGACGACGGAUUCUGGGAAGAAUUGCUGAGCGAGAGCACCGGCGAGGGCGGAGGGGAAGAACAGGAAGACGUCAAUACCUUGGCCGAGCGGUUAGGUUACUUGCGCUCAAACAUGCCCCAAGUAAUAGUUACCGGAAAUUGA